AUCGGUAUUACAUUGGAAACUUUGAAUUUGUUUUAAAAUAGUUUAAAAAAUUAAUGUUACGGAUUAUAAAAACACUUAAACCACCCACAUCUUUGCAAACGGAAGACUUAAUUUUGAUCUAGUAUAACAAAUAAACAUUAGACGAGACACAGAAGCAGUGGUGACAACCAACAGCCCGCCAGCCAGCCAGCCACAACAUAAAUAGCAGCACCACCACCAUCAUCAUCCCAAACAACACCUACACUUAAUUUGUUUUUCCCCUUCAGUAAUUUCUCGGUACAUUUGUUUUGACACAAAGAAACCAAAAUUUCAUAGACGCCCUAAAACCACAUACAACAACAAAAACAGAACCCAGUUGUCGCCGUCGUUGUAGUUGUAGUCUUAAACAUACCAAAGAUGCAGUGCGGUCUAGAACAAAUGAACGAUAGUGAACGUUCGCCAAAUCGAACAAAUCUACGGGUGAAUUUCAAUGAGAAGGGUUCGGAAGUUAAAGAGCGUCGUGAAAAGUUCCUCACCGCCAAAUAUGGUUCACAUCAGAUGAGUUUAAUCCGAAAGCGUUUGGCUGUCGAGAUGUGGUUGUACGAUGAGUUGCAAAAGCUAUUUGAUCCGCCGAGCGAAGCCAUUGAUGUGGAUAUUGAUGAAAUUCUAGAUAUGGAUACAGACGAUAUAAGAAGAUCUCAUUUAAUUAGAUUAUUAUCAGUCUGCAAACGCCCGCAAUCUGACAUAUCGAAAUUCAUCAGUGAUCUACUGGAUCGGGCUAAAACGCUGUAAACAUUUUCUUGCUCUCUUGCACCCCCACACACAAAAGCAUCUUUCAACAAAUACAACCGAAAACUUUUCAUUUUAAUUUAAAAAAUAAUUUAAAAUAAAUUUGUUUAGUUUCUUUAUUUUUUGUUAAAUUAUUUAUAUAAUAUAUAUAUUUUUUAAAACAACAAGAAAUAAUAAUAAUUAAUUAUGAAAUUAAGUUUAGUUUUUUAAGUAAAAAAAAAGAAAAAUCAUUUAAAAAAACACACACAAUUUAUUUAAUGUCUAAAAACAUAUUAAAAGAAAUUAAUUAAUUCAUUUUUUUUUUAAUUUAAGUUUUAGCUACAAAAAUUUAUUUUAAAUAUAAUUUUAAAAUUUCAAAUAAAACAUUAGUUUUUUAGAUUAAUAAAAUUUAUUUGCAAGAAAAAAAUUUGUUGAAGUUGAAAAAAGUUGUAAUUGAUUAAAGAAAAGUAAAAAAUAAAUUGUAGAUGAUUUGAAAGUUGUAAUUUGUUUUAAUAAAAAAUAAUGAUUUAUAUAUAAAACAAAAUUAAAAUUAAUGAAUAAAUUAUUGUAUUAACUAAAAAAAAAAAAUUAUAAAAAUAAAUUGAGAAGGCCAGCAAAAUGUUUAAGGAAAUUUGUGUAGAAUUUUAAAAACUUUUUCUGAAUUAUAUGGUAAUUGAAUUUUAUUACACAAUUUUGCUGGUUAUUUUUAUUUUAACCAUAUUUUUUAUAAAUUUCCUUAUUUUUAUUAUGACAAAACAAAUUAAUCCAAAUUUUUUACUUAAAACAUUAUUUAAUAAAAUACUGAAAUAAAAAAUGUUUUUAAGCAAGCUCAGGUUCACUGCCAAAA